AGGAUCAAACCAUUAAAAAUGCAUGGCCUGUAAGCCGCCAAUCAUGGCUCACAGGAAGAGGCCUGGGACGAGUGGAGGAAGCAUAAUGGCUGCUCCAGGUCCUGUCUCCUGUCCUGCCCCUCGUCCCACAGAGCCAUGUGACCUGAAACCCCUCCCCCCUCGACAACGCCCAGUUCGCUACCCCAAAGUGCGGCGUGAUCCGAAACCUCUCCCCCGUUCCUGUAAGGCGCAAUAUUCCUCUGCCGAGUCCCAAGGCGUGGGUCGCAGUCAUUCAGUUGUGGAUGUGGAUGUGGAUGCAGAGGUGGAGGUGAAGCCGUACAGCAGCCAACCAGACGCAGAACGGGAGGAUCAGCGGCCAGUAACACACUCUACGCCAGAACAUGAGCACGAACAUGAGCACGAAUGUAAACAAGACAACCACCACCAUGCAGACUUCCACGGUGGAGCUGACAGCCUGGAUGAUGACUCCAGCUCUGACUAUAUCAACAACACCUCAGAUGACGAGGAAGACUAUGAUGACGGUCUGGCAGAGGAAGACGAGGGGGUGACUUACUACAUUCGCUACUGUCCAGAGGACGACAGCUACCUGGAAGGUAUGGACUGUAGCAGCCAGGGAGACUGCAACCACAGCCAGAGCCACAGCCAGGGGGACUGCGCCAGCACCACGCAGCCCAUCGGACCCCAGACAGAUGAAUGCCAGGAGGCUGUGGAAGGUUGGGCUGAGGAGGGAGAGGGUGAGGGAGAGGUAAGAGAGGAAGAAUGGGUGGAAGAUGAGGCAGAGGAGGGAGCAGUGAGGGAAGAGUGGAGAGAAGAGGAGGAAGAGGCUAGGGAGGAAUGGAGAGAAGAGGAGGAGGAGGUUAGGGAAGAGUGGAGAGAGGGUGAUGAGAAUGAAGGGGAGGAGUGGAGAGGAGAGGACCAGAUCAGGCAGGAGCAGUGGGCUGAUCGAGAGAGGCACAGGGUUGAGGACUGGGGUGAGGAAGAGGGGGAGGUUCGCUGUGAAGUGGUAGAACAAGAUCCAGAUGAGCAGAUAUACAACGGGAGGCCGGAACCCAUCCUGGACCAUCACCACAACAAACCCUCCCUGCAAGACCCCCUGCACAACCGAGGUGAGGAGGAGGAGGCAGAGAGCGAGGAAUACUGCCCUAAUGAGGAGGAAGAUGAGGAAGGUGACGAGGAGGAGAGACACGGAAAGGCCUACACCGGAGACUACUAUGCCCCAGAGGACAAUGGGAACUCAGUGCGAGUCUCUCCCUACCGUGUCCGUAAAGUGGUGGUGGUAGAGGGGGAGACGGGGGAGGAGGCAGAGGAGGACAUUGACCAAAUUGUCGCUGAGAUCAAGAUGAGUAUGAGCAUGGGGAGUCUAAGCAGCGGUACCGACCAAAGCCCAGAGGAGCUGGUGCAGGACCCCCCACCGAGCGACUACUCGCAUGCCAAGCCUGACCCAGCCGCCUACCCACCAGCUCACCAUCGGCACGACAGCAGGCCCAAGUCUCUGAAUCUCCCCUCCAUGCACCACAACAACCCUGACCUCCAGAGGGCGAUCAAGGCGCAUCCACGUUCCCCUGAAGACAGACAGAGAUGGGCUCAGGAGCAGGUGAGCAAUGGUGCAGAGCAACCCAGAAAACAGCAGCGCUCCGACCUCAACAUCCCCCUGGAGAACAACAACGUACCAGAGCCAACAAAGAAGGUUGCAUCGUUCCCCAGCUUUGUCGACGUCCCAGGACCGUGUGAGCCAGAAGACCUGAUUGAUGGAAUUAUCUUUGCUGCUAACUACCUGGGCUCCACUCAGCUGCUGUCUGAGAGGAACCCGUCCAAGAACAUACGCAUGAUGCAGGCACAGGAGGCUGUCAGCAGGGUCAAGAGGGUACAGAAGGCUGCCAAAAUCAAGAAAAAGGCGAAUGCAGAUGGAGACGCUCAAACCCUCACUGAGGUCGAUCUGUUCAUCUCCACCCAGAGAAUCAAAGUUCUCAACGCAGACUCACAGGAGACCAUGAUGGAUAACGCUCUCCGCACUAUAUCCUACAUCGCUGAUAUUGGGAACAUCGUGGUCCUGAUGGCAAGACGCCGGAUGCCCCGCACAGCCUCACAGGACUGUAUUGAAACGACGCCCGGGGCACCUGAGGCAAAGAAACAAUACAAGAUGAUUUGCCACGUCUUCGAGUCUGAGGAUGCCCAGCUCAUCGCUCAGUCCAUCGGUCAGGCGUUCAGCGUCGCUUACCAAGAGUUUCUGAGAGCCAAUGGGAUCAACCCCGAGGACCUGAGCCAGAAGGAGUACAGUGACAUCAUCAACACGCAGGAGAUGUACAAUGACGACCUUAUUCACUUCUCCAACUCUGAAAACUGCAAAGAGCUGCAACUGGAGAAGAGUAAAGGGGAGAUCCUGGGUGUGGUGAUCGUAGAGUCCGGCUGGGGAUCCAUCCUGCCCACAGUUAUUUUAGCGAACAUGAUGAACGGCGGGCCGGCGGCUCGCUCUGGCAAGCUCAGCAUCGGAGACCAGAUCAUGUCCAUCAACAACACCAGUCUCGUGGGGCUGCCACUCGCCACCUGUCAGGGAAUCAUUAAGGGCUUAAAGAACCAGGUCCAGGUGAAAAUGAACAUUGUGAGCUGCCCUCCUGUCACCACUGUCCUCAUCAAGAGACCAGAUCUUAAAUAUCAGCUUGGCUUCAGCGUCCAGAACGGCAUCAUAUGCAGUCUGAUGCGAGGAGGUAUCGCUGAGCGCGGUGGCGUCCGUGUGGGUCACAGGAUCAUUGAGAUCAAUGGACAGAGCGUGGUGGCCACAGCACAUGAGAAGAUUGUCCAGGCCCUCUCGAACUCCGUUGGCGAGAUCCACAUGAAGACGAUGCCGGCAGCCAUGUUCAGACUUCUAACAGGCCAGGAGACACCUAUGUACAUAUGAACGGCGACCAGGGACCGUUCCACAGGACAGGCCGUCAGCUGUGAUUGGUUAUCAUCCUGACCAGUGAGAGGACGGCUUCUCCCUGUCCAUUCAUCUCUCUGUUUUUAUUUCUCUCUUUCGUUGAGCUAAUGACUUCAACUCUUCAUCAUUCCGUUGUCUGUGCUUAACAUGCAGCAGCCAUUUUAUUGACAUGAAACCCCUUUUCCAUAUUUCCAGCUGGAGACAGCGUGUGUGUUUGUGUGUAUAUACAUAUAUACACUGUUUAUUUUAUUUAUUUGUCCACUGUGCUUUCUUGUGUGUGUCUGUAUAAAUGGAUGGACUUAUCGGGUGAGUGCAUCGCAAUAUAUUUUUUUUGUAUUCAUGUAAUGCAAUACAAUACUGAAACUAUACACCUUGUAUACUUUCAUUUUCUUCUCCGUUUAUUUAUUUCUCAUGUAAAUACUUUGCUAAUAUUGUGACUGAAGGCAGUGGGGAGGGAGGGGCCACGGCUGCUUUGUAAAUAUUUAAUCCUGCUGUUGAAAGAGGACGCGGAACUUGAUGAAGGCAAAGACACAAUUAAAUAAAAUGCCGGAUAUCAUAACUAUUGCCAUGAAAAGGGAGUGUGGGAGGGAUUAUUUUAGUGUUUGAUAUGUUGGUAAGUUGAUAUAAUGUACAUGUGAAUCAAACCAAUGCUUGCAGCAGGGGUUUAUGGGAGAAACGCCAUAUCCUUUUGAUUUCCUUCAUUUUACGGCAAUACACGAGGUCAACCUCCGAAUGACAGUUCAAGUCUUUUCUAAAGCUCAUGUAUAAAACACACUCACACGUUUAAAUAACUCACAACCCAAUAAAACUAUUAACAUAUGCGUUAAUUAUGCUUUUGAUAUCAACAUGUCACACGUAUGAAAAAAUGACAUAUUCUUUUUGCGUGCUCUCUACUGUGUGUUCAUCUUUAGUGUUCCUAACUGACGCUCAUGAAUACCACGAGUGGAUUGUGAAUGUAACUGUGUCGUGCGAGCUGUCCCAUUGCCAUAAGCAGUAUUAGAAUGUCUGUACAUAAAGAGAAACGUGUCUGGUAUUGUGCUCAUGUUAAAAAACAAAACGACACAACAGGUUUAGUCACUGCAAACAUCCUCACACCUGUACAUUGGUUUUCAGUCUUGAGAGAGUGAAUCACACACUGUGAAAGAAAAAAAAAGCCUUACCGCAGAGUAACGGUUUUACAAUGCAUUGUAGUGAAGUUAAAUCAUAUGAACAUUAUCUGUGUGCAUGCCUCGUAAUAGUAUCAUGUCACUGUGGCAAGAAAAUAAAAACUGAGCUAAACCUGCCUGGUUUUAUUCCACUAAUAGCAAACUGCAUCAAAGAAGUGUUGUCCUGUGAAUCUACUUUUGUCUUUUACAAUUAGUCUGUUUAAUAUCGAGGUCCACUGCCAACGUCCAUCCAUUGGCCAUAUACUGUUGAUCCUGUGAGAGCUGGAGGGGGUGCACCCUGGACAGUUCGCCAGAGUAUCACAGGGCCAACAUAUAAACAACUAGUCACACUCACACCUACAGUCCGAGUCUCCAAUUAACCUAACAAGCAGAACAAUGCCCCAGCAAGCCGGGAUUCAAACCUUCCUGCAGUGAGGCUAAACAUUGGCAGACCAUGCACCCACUGCCACUAUUAAAAAACAUGAAAGGUUAUACAAGACAAGAAUAAUACUAAUGGUGAUUUAAAAUUAAAUAGGAACUGUCAAACUUUAGAGCAAAUUGCUCCAAUAAUCAAUCACAUAAUUUUGACUUGGUAUUAAACUGAUCUCAUAAAUUUGACUAAACUUUUACCUGGUCUUUUUCUUUAGUUAGAUUUAUUUUCAGUAAAAUUCUGAACAUAAUUAUAGGAGUUCGUACGUGUUUCACAGUUUCACACCACAUAUUAAUUCCAAGUAGGGUUUGAAUAUGAGGAAAUAAAAGAUGCUCACAGAUUUAAAAUACAUUAAUUUCAUGUACAGCAACUGGGAACUGUAUAUCAUGACCAUCAUUAUAAUCAUACUGUUCAUUGAAUUAAUACAAUGAUUUUACUUUAAGGGUCUGGUUCCCCCUAGUGUCUAGAACUAGGAAAUGCAGGUCCUGCAGUAUCGCUCAUCUAGAUAUAAGUACAAUAAUCUAUCCAUGAAGAAACACAACACAUCUUGUAAUUUAAGACUCAUUAUAUUAAAAAGUUGUAUUUUUUGUACCAGUGUUUAAAAUUUACAGCGAUGUAAAGAAAUUAAAAUGUUGGUUAUUAUUCAUACCAUUUAAAGCUGACUCUAUGUCUGACCUGUAGGUGAAACAACAGUCAGUGCUGUUAUUAACGUUUCUUUAAACUACCUCUAUU